AUGUUCCCAUGUGUGUGCGUGUUCCCGUGUGUGCGUGUUCCCGUGUGUGUGCAGCCCCGAACCCCCUGCUUUCCUGUGGGGAGGGCUGGGGGUGGACGUGUGGCAUGGUGCCCUCUGAGCCACCCACCGGGGCCUCCGCCCACAGCCUUCAUCUCCGUCUCGGGCGUGUGUCCCCUGUAUCUCGACGAGCUCCGGCGCUUCCUGACCCUGUGCCCAGAGCUCUCCCUGGGCUGGUUCCACGAGGGCCGCCUCGUGGCCUUCAUCAUCGGCUCGCUGUGGGACGAGGAGAGGCUCACACCGGAGGCCCUGCUGCUGCACCGGCCCGGGGGCCACACGGCCCACCUGCAUGUGCUGGCCGUGCACCGCGCCUUCCGGCAGCAGGGCCGCGGCUCCCUCCUGCUGUGGCGCUACCUGUGCCACCUGGGCGGCCAGCCAGCCGUGCGCCGGGCCGUGCUCAUGUGCGAGGACGAGCUGGUGCCCUUCUACGAGCGGUUCGGCUUCCGCCCCAUGGGCCCCUGCGCUGUGUCCAUGGGCCCGCUGGCCUUCACGGAGCUCCAGUGCUCGCUGCAGGGCCACGCUGCCCUGCGGAGGUACAGCUGCUGAGCGGGCUGCGGGGGGUGGGGUCUCUCCAGCCUCCAGUGCCCUGCCCUGGCCUCCCC